AUGGCUGCUCUUCAAAGAAGAGGACGCGAAGCUGUAUGGUUCGACAAACGUAGAGAUCCAAAGUGUCUUCGUUUAGACAACAUCGAGGGUUUUAUACUUAAUGUCCCAACUGAAUACAAACUAGGUUUUGUGCUACUUCCUUUGAAACGACGUCAUUGGAUCGCUUUAAAAAAGAUACAUGGUGCCUUUUAUAAUCUUGAUUCAAAACUGGACUCGCCACAAUUAAUAGGAAAGGACAACGAUUUACUCAUAUAUCUAAAGGAUCAGAUAGAUAGCAAGGAAAAGGAACUAUUCCUUGUUGUUACUAGAGAAAUUGAUAGCAAUCAAGGAUGGUUAAUAGAUACAUGUGAAAAUCAAGAUGACAAUAACAUGGAUCAUGAUUCCAUUCGAUAUAUCGAGGAUGGAUACCCAGAUAUAGAUUUGAAAAAAUCCGAAUCUAAAGAAAUGAAUGAAAAUGAAGAAUUCCUAGAUAACAAAAAUUCUAGAUAA